AUGGCAGAAGUAGACGAUUUAAAACGCCUAGAAGAUCAAUUAUACCAGUAUUACCCUGAAUUGAAACAAGAUAGCGAGGGCGUCAAAUUAGAACGCCGUAAUCAGUUGUUUUUUCAGCUACGGUCUAGUCCUGUGGUACAAUUGCCAGCAUUCGAUGCAGUCUCGUCCCUUGUAAACAUAAAAGAGCUUUUAGAAAAGUGCAAGGAUUGCGUACAGGACUCCAUUUCAGGUUAUCCAGAAAUGAAUGUAUCAUCGCCUUCUAUGUCUCUUUUGGAGUCCAGUGGAGACGAGUUUUUAGCUACACACAAAUCCUGUCGAAAGUCACGUAAACGAAAGUCUGCUUCCGCAUUGGUCCGCCAUUCUGAAAUUGUGGAAAACCGAAAUGAAGCGAAGGAGCAGGAAGCACCUCUUUCCUUAUCUAUAUUAAUACCUCAAGUUGUGAAGGGUUCAGAAAAAAUGGAAAUUUCUAUUGAUUUAGGCGGACUUGAUGCCUCCCAACGAUUAUUUGGUAGUCGUGUUGAAGGAUUAUUGCGCAAUCGUUCAAAUAGCUCUAGUAUGUUAGAAGAUUUGCCUAUCAAAGAAAAGUCUAGCUCAACUAACAAAAGUAUGGAUUUACAAAUGUCUGUCGAGACAUUAAAUAACAUAGAAACAAUUCAUGAAAAUAACGAUAAACAGGAAGACGAAAUGCUUUCACGUUUGAUAUCACAAGUACUUGUAGACAAUCAUCAGUCUGAGACCUUGCAGGCUACUAAUGUGCUUGAUAAUAUUAACAACAAUGAAAUCAGUAACUAUGACGCUGGCGUCCCAGUUUUGAUUGAUUCCUCUGAGCAGCAGGCAGCAAAGAAAAAGCGGCAACGAAAGCAAAAAAAACCCUUUGUUGAAAAGGGACCACCCAAAAAACGAGGACGCAAACCAAAAAAUAAAUUAAACAAGGAUGAUGCAGAAAAUUUUGGAAUGCCUAAAAGUGACUUGGCAAAAUAUGUUGAACUUUUUUCCAACACUUGCAAUAUGGCGGGGUCAGCAACGCCAGCUACAUCUUCUACAAUAUCGCAACAAAUGGUGACGUCAACAACUCAUUACUUGGAUCCGAGCGAGCAACAACCAAUCACAUAUUAUCUUGAAGGGGAUUGGGAGAAUGGAGGCAAUUGCCAACUUAUACAAACGGAAAAUGCUCAAAUUGAUAAUGGUCAGGAAGAAUUCAAUAUGGCUGAGCUGGUUAAUUAUAUAGACAACGUUGGUGAUACUACAAACGUUAUCGCGCGAGUUCUUGAUGCACCAACCAAUCUACCUAUUUUGGUGCAAGAUUCCCACCUUCAAAGCAAUUCGGUUUUACCGCCUCCAGCGCACAUAUCGGACGUUUUGUUGGAUUUGUCGAAAAAGUCCACAACAGCUGAUGACUAUAGUAAUACUUCUAUAGAUGUGGCAAAUCAAGAUAUUUUACCUCUGGAUUUAUCUUUGAAAUCAUCUAAUUUAAAUGAGUCUUCCAAAAAUGACGCUUCUUCCGGAAAUUUGGAGGCAGAAACAGAACAAGUCUUCGAUAACAAUGAUUAUGAUUCAUUUGGCCCAGGUUUGGACAUGCCGCUUAUUGACAUUGAGGACAAUAUUAAUGCAUUCAUGGAAUUAACCAACAACCAGGAGCUUACGUCAACAACAAUAAAAAUCACUACUUCAGCAGUCUGUGAUAUAGCUCCCACUAUCGUGCAGAACACUGACAAUGCAUUGCCAAUAUGUGAUUUUGAACUCAGUGAAAUUCUUAGUGACAACACACAUUGCAGAAGUGAUUGCAAUAUCGAAACCCAAAUUGAAAAUCAGUGCGAUGCUGUAAAAGAGAAUAAUUUAAAGUCUGAAGUAAAUAAAACUCUAUCAGAACAAUAUCCGAACAUCACCGAUGUUAACGUUGUCAACGCUGAGCACAAUCACUGUGAAGUCGUGAGGAAUCCCUCCUCCUUUAUCCAGCCUGAGGCAAAUUUAACUGAGGAUAACAAAACAGAUUCGGAUAAAGGGGCUAAGUCAGACAAAAUCGCAGAUAAUGAACCUUCUAAAUCAACAGAUUGCGAAAGUUGUGAAAAUAAAACCGGGGACCAUCCUUCGCUGUGUGUGCAUCGCGUUGAUGAACUACAUGGAGACUCAAGUGAUAAGUGUUCUAUUGAUUUCCUCUUCAUGGACACUGAAUCUCUUCUACCAAAUAAAAUGGUGUUUUCCUUUGAUGGCUCAGCUGCUCUUUCGGAAACAGAUACACAUUUACCUAGAAGCGAAGUUGACCAAACUGCAAACGACAGUAAGCGGCAAAUCAUCGAUGACCAUGAUAAUGCCGCUUGCGAUUUGUCAACGAAAGAUGAUCAUUCGAAGAGUAUAGAUUUGAUAGAGGACGAUCAGUGUCAUCAUGUUAGCGUGCACUUACCAAUGCCACAGCUAACACUGAUGGACAGCAGCUCCGAAGAGUUCCGUGACGAGUAUGAGUUAGGAUUCGAAAGCAGUCAAGAAAAGGAGGAUUUAAUGGGAGCAACAGAAAAACAACAUUUUUGUGCAGAUCAGCAAUAUGAACAAAUCGAGGAAGUUAAAUUUAGCAGAAACGAUGUGACUGAAGAUGAUUACAAUGAUUCAGGUAUAGAAAAGUCUAUGCUUGACAAUGGAUUUGAAAGCACAGAAGCAACGGCAAUCCCAAUGAUAUCAUUCGAGGGAAACUCUGAAAUUUCCAAAGCUUUGGAGGAUGGGUGUAGCAAUGAAAAAAAUAAAGACGAAAAGCCGGAACCUACUUUUGCUGAAGAACCUCUUACAGAAAAUGAAGGAAGAGAAGCUUCUACUUUGGACGAUUCUGCUAUAUGCUGUAAGCAGGAAGAUUCUAAUGCAGACAAUGAAUUGGAAACAGGAACAUCCGAGCAGAAAAACAAUUUUGAGCUAAACGGCAAGCAAGACCUACCGUCCGAUAAGGAAAUUUAUUUAGAAGAUCUUCAAUACGGCGAAAAAGAAGUUUCUUACCAGGAGUCGGCACAGCAAAUCCCUAUAGAACCAGAUAAAGCGUUGGAUAAUAACGUACCGGAUGUCGUGAAAACGUGUAAACCUGAUUCUCUUUCAAGUUUGUCUGUUUUGGAGAUAGAGUCGAAGCUAGAUGAUGCCUGUCUUGAUUUUGGCGACGACUUGGAAGAUGACGCGAUGUCCCUAGCAACAUCAUGUUUUAAUUCCUCGGAUGAUGAGCGUUUUACGGAACUUGAUAAUAAUUGUGUUGAGACUUCACCAAAUAAAAAUAACAGAGAAAUGGAUACAAAAGUGUUAAAUGUGGUUGAAGAGAAUUUUUCGGAUCAUCACACAAAUUAUGUUGAGACUUUGGAAAAUAAAACGAAUGAAAAAGAUGAUACAAAAACGUUUAAUAUUGAAAAUCAUGAAAAGUUGGACGAUAAGAGUAAGAUCAUCAAACUAGAAACCACUCAUAAGGCUACUGAUGUAUCAAUUGAUAUUUUCAAGAAGUUUAAAAUACCAAAAAUAUCUUUGACAACAGCAACGACGAAGCAUAGCAACCCUGCAGUUACAGCGGCAGCACCUUUACCUAUGGUUAUACUCCCACCAAAUGCAUUCAACAGGCAGGCGGUCAAAACGGAACCAGAUUCCAUGAAAACCGUGAACUUUGAAAAUAUAACUCGCACUGUGCAAAAUGUGUGUGCGGUAACACCAUUAACUCUUCAACCACCGACUAUUGCUAGUGGCACUGUAGCUAUUCCGCAUAAUGCGCUUAACACAGUCCCACCUAUUAUUCGGGAUAUACUGCAGUUGGCCCCGUCUCUUAUUGCAGAAAACUCGAGAGAUUUUAAAGCACUCAAUACGCAGCAAGUUACAUUUAACCGCGGGGAAUUCGGUGGUAAUGGUGGCGAUGGUAGAAAUUUUGGUCCGCCCACAGUCGUUGUCGCUAAAACAUUUGGUGUUACGUGCUUACCUUUCCUGGUAGGAAGAUGUUUUACGCUGGCAUCCUGUAAAUUUUCGCACACAUUUCGGGAGCCCGAAACAGUCCGAAAUAUAUUGAUUACCUUCUCAGAGGUAGAUUUAAACUUAGCAUAUAGAUUUGCUUAUAAUAAUGAACUAGUUUUUCGCCAAUAUAUGCACGAAUUCUGCAGGGUAUAUUUUGAGCGAAACAAUCGUUUGAAAUUAUUGCACCUGGUGCGUGAUUGUGAACGAUACAAAGGGGGGAGGAGACUUUUGAUAACGAUCUUUCACAGCCUGCAGUACUGUGGUUUAAACAAAGUUAAUGCGUGCCGGCAGAUCUUAAGCUACAGUCGCGACAGAUCAAGACCCACUAUAGACGCGUUACUGAACAUAAUUUUAGAAGCUGAUUGGACUAUGUUUUGUGACUAUAUUGAAAAAUUUAGCGAUAUUUCUUCAUAUCACUUUCGACUAAAUGUACUGCAUCAGAUGGCAUCCACAGUUUUGCGCGCAAACGAUCAACGGAUGACGUCGCUAUUCUUUAGAUGUCUAGUAAAUUUGGAUCCUAAGGAUGUAGGUCUCGUUCAGUCCUCUCCAAUUUUAAUGCAAUUAUUGGAGUUAAUAAAGAAUGGACAAAUUUGCCGAUAGAUGUACCAAUGUGACUGAAUUCGUUGUUUACAUAAGUAAUUCCUUUAAUUAAAUGUUGAGAUUAGCAUUAUACCUUAUAUCCAGGUGGAUACAUUAAUUAUUUUUUAUUAAAGUUCUUAAGACUUACCUCGUUAUAAAGGUAUGAAAAUUCAAAGAAUAGAAUUCUUGUGUUCAUUCUCCACUCAAUGUGAUUAUUACCUUUUGGUAAUAAAAAUGAAUUUACAUUGUACUUUACGAUAGAAAGAUAUUUAUUUAAAGUAUUUCUUACUUCGAACAGAAUUGUUAUAAAAACUGAAUAGAAUUAAAAUUUAUAAACACAUAUACAUCGUAUAUGGUAAAAUCAUACAAUAAACACACUUAAAAAAUC